AGCUAUGUGAAAGUGGUGUAUUACUUGCCAUGCAAUCGAGUUAGGCGCAGCGGUGGGACAGCCCUUGGUGUCCUUAUUCUGAACAGAGGUCCUGUAGUUCCGCGUUGUCAGAUCCGCGGGUGCUCGCACCACGUCACGGGCUGCUGGAGGAGGUCUCGGUUCCCGGGACCCCGGCAUGUCCACCCCACUGGAAUCAGACGACGCUUAUGAUUUCCUCUUCAAGAUCGUGCUGAUCGGGGAUGCCGGGGUCGGGAAGACGUGUGUGGUGCAGAGGUUCAAGAGCGGUGUCUUCGUGGAGCGUCAGGGCAGCACCAUCGGGGUGGACUUCAUCACCUUGCCUUGUCAUUCAAAAACUGCACAGGUUAAAGGCCUAAAGGUAACACUGCAGAUCUGGGACACUGCUGGACAGGAACGUUUCCGCACAAUAACCCAGAGCUACUACAGGAGCGCCAAUGGAGCCAUCAUCGCCUAUGACAUCAGCAAGAAGAAGUCCUUUGAGUCUGUUCCUCGCUGGAUAGAGGACGUUAAGAAAUACGCCGGCUCCAACAUUGUACAGCUGCUGAUCGGAAACAAGUCUGAUAUACAUGAUUUACGAGAAGUCCCACUACAAGAUGCUGAGAACCUGGCGAAACAUUAUGACAUCAUUAGCGUCAUCGAGACCUCCGCAAAGAUUUCCAGUAACGUGGAAGAAGCUUUUGUGAAGAUGGCCAUGGAGCUGAUGAUGAGGCAUGGCGGACCGGUCUUCAGCGAAAAGUCCACGGAUAGUAUAAAACUUGACAGCAAGGACAUGGCCGAAGAGUCCUGGGGGUGCGGCUGUUGAUGACCGUCGUCUUUUCUAGUACAUUGCGCUUAGUUCUAGAGAUGUGUCAUCACUAUAUGGGCUUGUCCACUUUCCUAUAAACUAUAACCCCCAAUAUGCAGCUUGUAUGUUGAGAGUCUUAGUUGGUUUUAAGGCAGCCGGGCUUACGGUUGAAGUAGAACUCCGGACAAACUUUUUUUUUUAGUUUUGUAGAGA